AUGGUUAAAUAUUAUCUCUGUUCAAGUCAAGCAACAGCAGUCUUACGAUCAAUUCAAUAUAUCAUCAUCGACAUGCAAACAAAAUUAAUUCUUCUCACUGGUCUUCUCGCCGUCCUGUUUCUUUUUCAUUUCAAUACUGUCAAUGCAACAUCUGACUCGGACAGUGACGAAUCCGUAGAUAUUAUAACCAGCUCAGAAGAUGUAUCUAAUUUGGAUAAACGCCUUGCUUCGGCUAAGUUCGCCAGUGGUCUGGGCAAACGCUUAGCGCACGCGAAAUUCGCCAGUGGUCUCGGCAAACGCUUGGCGCACGCGAAAUUUGCCAGUGGACUCGGCAAACGUUUAGCACAUGCAAAAUUCGCUUCUGGUUUGGGUAAACGUCUUGCAUCGGCGAAAUUCGCAUCAGGCUUGGGCAAAUAA